UAUCUGUGUGUCCUUCUCUCGUGCUCCUCCCUGCCCACUCUUUGCAAAUCACUGCCUUUGAGGAGGAGGCUGGAUUCGGAGACCCUUGCCUGGGCUGUAUGUAAAUCAGGUCUGGCACGCCGUUUCUCUUUGCUUUGCCAGUUUGUAUUAAAGCGGAGAAGACAGUACCCUUCCAGGGCACGUGGCAACACCAACCUGGUGUGUGUAUCUGCUGUUAUAUUGGGCAUCUGUGUCCAUAAACUUCCACCCAACGCUAGUCGGCGCAGAAAACCCCUCAGUUACGGAUACGCAGUACAGGUCGUUGUGCAGGCAUAUUCCUCAGACUUACCGAGUCGAGAAUCACAACUAAUGUUGAUAGUUUAAAAAAAAAAAAAAAAAGCCUGCUAUACCGCAAAAUUGGACGUAAUGGGAUUGGCUACUGGCUUCCACUCGGCAACCGUCUUCCUCCCUGCUUCUUUAAAGGAUGAAGGCCUGGCCCGCCAGUUGGUGGAGCUAGGCUACCGAGGGACUGGAGAGGUGGUUAAAAGGGAAGAUUUUGAAGCAAGGAAGGGAGCAAUAGAGAUUGCAAGGCUGGCUGAAAGAACUCAGAAAAAGACAUUAACAAGUGCUGGUAAAGACCUGCAAGAUAAUUUUCUGAAGGCUCUGGCAGUGAGAGAAGAAGACAAUCGCAAUGGAAAAGUGAGCAUGGAGAUCCUUGCCACCAGGUUCAAAGCACUCUCUUGCCAACUCUAACACCAU